GAAUACUUGCUUUCUACACCUACCCACUUUCGUUUCUUGUCUAUUCUAGAUCUUUCUUUCCUGGAGAACUGAAGUUCUUCAUCGUCGGUCUUUACUACAAAAUUACAUAUACACGCAAUUAUGCGUUCCACACUCUUUUAUUCCGUGCUUGCCAGUGGCAUCACUUCUGCUCUUGGAGAUGCGAGCAUUUCCACUUUCCCAGACUCUCUCGCUUUAGCUGCGAAUUUCGAUCCCAUCAAGGCCGCCUAUUGGACCGGUCUUCCUCACCAUCGCCGCACUCCCUUCUCCGUUUCUCCAGAUGGAAACUCGGCCUAUCUUGCCUACCUCGAUAGCACCUAUGCGAAAGUAUACGUGCAGCAAGUUUCUCUCACCGAUUUCAGCGCCGUCGGCGAGGCCGUUUCCAUUACCGCUUAUGAAGCUACCGGGUUGGUGGCCCAAAAUGAUGGGUUUGCCUUGAUGGCAACGGUGAAUGCGACAGGGACUACUGAUCUUCCUACAGAUGGUUCGCCAAUUGUUUCCAUCAUCCGAUAUACCAAUGGCACCAAGACAUGGGAGACGGCGUUGAAUGGUCCAGGAGUUCAUCCUUCGGAUAUGUUGACCUCGACUCCAGAUGCUAAUGGUGAUCUUGUUUACUCCGCUACUGCUGGUCUUUAUGCUGGAUAUUUCGUCGUGGAGGCCUACACUACCGAUUAUGCUGGUCAUUUCGGUGAUUCCAUCCAAUACGUCAAUGACGACGGAGUUCUCCAAUCUAUUUCCGGUGCAAGCAGCAGUUUCGGUUGUUCCCACAACACCGGUAUCGCUAUCGAAGCUGCAGAUGCCGCUCCCUUCGCAAGUGUCUGCGCUGAAGAUCAAGGUGAUAUCUGGUUGAACACCGAAACACAAUACAUGUCCGGUCAAAAGAUCGCCAACGAGAACACCACCAACGGUGUCAGUGGUGAACCCAUGGGCGGUAUGUCCGGAUCCUACUCUAACUUGGCCUCGAUCCCAGGCUCCGAUGGUUAUAUUUUCGCAUGGCAAUCACGCGGUGCUCUCGAUCUUACCCUGAACGAUUGGAUGGGAACCGGAUACACUCAAUGCUCACCCAGAUGGCUCAACCACAACGUCGCCAUCUCCGUCAUGACCGAUAAGAAAACCCUCGCUGGAGCCCAAGCCUCUUCCACCGUUGGCGCCGCAGAAGGUGACACCCAAGUAACCUGGCUCACAAAGUCCUCCACCGAUGAUCAUCAAAACGUCCACAUCGCCGCCGUCAACUCCCAAUACUCCAUCGUCACCUACGAAACCCUCACGUCCCCAGACUGUCAACCAGUCCCCAUGGGCUGCUCAGGUACAUACGCAGGUACCUCUUUCCAAGUCAUUGACAACACCGGUGCCACUGUUGGAUCUGCCGUCGUUUCCACCGAAGCCUUUGUAAGUGGUGAUAUCGUUACCAUCGGUACCGACAAGGUUUGCUGGCCUUACGUCUCUAUGACAUGGGAUUUGAGCACUCCAAAGGAUAGCGCAACUCCAGUGUCGAAAAUGUCUUUCGCUUGUGCUACUUUGGGCGGUAACUCCACUACAACUGCUUCUUCUACUCCAGCAGUAGUUGCUAGCUCCGCUGCUUCUACCGUUGCCGCUAGCUCAGCCGCUGCAGUCGUAGCAUCUACCUCAGCUAACGUAGCCAUCGUCUCCUCCCCCGCCUCUUCCGCCCCCGCACUCUCCGCCUCCUCAGCAGCCGGUCUCGAGAUUUCCAGCUCCGCCUCCGCCUCCGCUUCCCUCGUUGCACCAGUUUCGUCCGCAGCAGCGAUUUCGACCCCUGCCCCUGCAAGCACCACUCUCGCGACCAAAACCCGUACUAAGCACACUAAAUCUACGCACACGAAAAAAGUAAAGACUUCGUCGGCUUCUGCUUCUGCUUCUACUUCUACGGUGGGUGCUGAGUCCGCGGGUGAUGUGAGUGGAGUUGUUUGGGUCGAUGCUGAUGAGUGUGAUAGUGAGGAGGAGUAUUAGAUGGAUGCGUGGAGGGUGUGAGCAGGAUGAGGAUUGUGGUUAGACAGGAAGUGGGGAAGUGAGAUUGAAGAUGAAGAUGAAGCGAGAGAAAGAGGGAAGGGAGGUUUAGGUUAGAAAUUCAUGUUUAUAUUCAUGUAUAUAUACUAGUUUGUCACGAUGAGAAAUACAUUUACACACACACACACACACACACACACACACAUAUAUAUAUAUACAUAUAAAGCAGUUUCAUAUAUGAAUAAAUAAAAAUCUUAUAUA